GUUUCGUGUUCUCUUAGGUUGGAAAUUACAGGUUGCAUCUUUAACAACAUGCUGCAUUUUGGAGCAGGUGAAUGUAACGUGUCGUUAGCAGAGCAGGGUAUACAUGUACUUAAUGUUUUUAACUUUAUCAACAGCAUACUGGUGACCGUCUAAGAAGCUGAAACACCCCCCUCCUCCCCCGAAGAUGUUUGACAACACGAUCUUCUUCGGCUCCGGAGUUUGAUCCUCGUCAGCCACCGUAUCAGACUGAAAAUGGUGCUAAGCUAAACUAAGCUAAGCUAGUUAACAUAGCGUCACCUGUCUUAUACAGUCUAUGAGCGUCAGUGAAACUUUGAUUGUUGUUGCAGUGUUAUAUUUAUUGAGCUUUAACCUCUAAUUUAACCUUUGCUUUAUACAGUUGUCCUGUUUUUUUCUGCCUCUGCGCGUUUGCUUGCGCACAACCAGCGAACUUUAUCCCCAAAGACUUUAGGUAAGACCUUUGUUUAUGAGCAGUUAGCUCCAGUUAGCUCCAGGCUAACGUCAGUUACCUGAGCGGCAGGCGAAGUGAGCCCGCUCCCGCAGUUUGCUGCAGUUUUAUUGAUCAUUAAACUCUGCGGACCCUGCAACCUGGAAACCGGCGAUGUUUUCCGCCAUUGUCAGGUCAACUCUCACGAAAUACAAGGGGUUGUGGCUUCCCAGUCAGUCUAUGGUCAGAGCCAUGUCAUCGUCAGGCGGUCCCACCUCUCCUUACACCACCCUGGCCAUCAGCCACCCAGCAGAGUCCGUCACACAUGUGGAGCUUCACCGCCCUGAGAAACUCAACGCCAUGAACACAGCUUUCUGGAGUGAGAUGGUGGAUUGUUUUAAUGAGAUUGCUGGAGACCCAGACUGCAGAGUGGUGGUGGUUUCUGGGGCAGGGAAGAUCUUCACAGCUGGUAUCGACCUGAUGGACAUGGCCGGCGACGUACUUCAGCCAGAGGGCGACGACACGGCCAGAAUUUCCUGGAACCUCAGAGAGAAGAUCACCAAGUAUCAAGAGACAUUCUCCGUCAUAGAGAAGUGUCCAAAGCCUGUUGUGGCGGCCGUCCACGGAGCCUGUAUUGGAGGAGGUGUGGAUCUGAUCACAGCCUGUGACAUCCGCCUGUGCACCCAGGAAGCCUGGUUCCAGGUAAAGGAAGUUGAUGUUGGACUUGCAGCAGACGUCGGGACCCUCCAGAGACUCCCGAAAGUCAUCGGCAGCCGCAGCCUAGUGAACGACUUGGCUCUGACCGCCAGGAAGAUGUAUGCAGAUGAAGCCAAGAGCAGUGGACUGGUCAGCCGAGUGUUUGCAGAUAAGGAGGCCAUGAUGGCUGGAGCUCUGGAGAUGGCCGGGGAGAUCGCUGGUCGCAGCCCUGUGGCUGUGCAGGGCACCAAGAUCAACCUCAUCUAUUCCAGAGACCACAGUGUGGCAGAGGGACUGAGCUACAUGGCCACGUGGAACAUGAGCAUGCUUCAGACUCAGGAUUUGAUGAAAUCAGCUCAGGCUGCCAUGGAGAAGAAAAGUCCCAAGACUGUGGCUUUCUCCAAACUCUAACUGCUGCUCAGGCAAAGUUCAACAGUUCAAAAUAACACAAAAGCUGCUGUUUUAAUCCUCAUCAUGGCCUUUCUGUAGGAAGGGGAAACUACUUGAUUUUUUUGUCUGUUCUUCACUGAGUGUAACACCAAAGCUAAAAAAAAAUAUAUAGCCAUCUGUGGCCAUUUGGAGAUGAUAGAAGUGAGACUGUAAGAGAUGGAGGUUUGAAUAACUGUGGUAAACUAAGGAAUUUAAAGAAUCAGUACUUGGUUCAGGUGAACAUCCUCCCACAGGUGGACACUGAUGUCUUACUAACUGUCAUUUCAGUAACAGACAUCAUCUAAAUCUUAUUGUUCAGUGUGGAACGAUUUGCUUGCAGGUGUUUCUCAGUUCACCGCUGACAGUCAGUUUUGUAUAUCUGUAAAUGCCGUCAUGAAUGUUUUAUCUAAUUAAAAAGAAACUCACCUCAAA